CAACCCUUCUCUCAAUAUUCGAUGUUAUCUCUACUCGAGUUACGGCGAGUACAUCUUGGCUGCCUCUUAUAAAAACUCAACCCAGUCCCCAAGGCGCGACGUUCGCGCGACCAUCAGCCUUGGCGUCGCAACCGGCGAUCAGGAUGAAGAUGGGCGGAUCAGCAGUACGCGGCAGAGGGAGACACAGAUUCCUAGUUAUGUCACAACCGAGAACGGUAAAAAUAGAGAUCGACGAGAGUGGACAGAAGAUCAUAGAAGAGGUCGCUGUUCAGCCACGCAUGGGGGUGGUUGACGCUAUUCGUCAGGCAGAAGCCAAACUGUACGACGAAGCACCAAGCCUGCAGAUGAAUCCGUUUACGUCUGUGAUUGAGUAUGACGUCACAGAGCAGUGCUACGUCAUAAAGAAGCCUGGCCCGUGGGGACACCGAUUCUCGUGGCUGGUGACGGUGAUGGAUCGUAACGGCAAUUUGGUCAGCGAAAGCACCUGCGUGCCAAAGUCAGAUGACCUCAUCCUCCGUCCUGGAUACCACAUCAUCUUAAAGCAUCUGCCGUCUAAGCAUGACUGAAAUAUGUGGCGGAUCAUCACGUAUAUUAUAAGCUCUUUGUAGACCGAAAUAUGUGUCGGUACUGGACACGACGGAAGCGUUUUGCAGGGACCAUGUGUGUGCGUGUGUGCGUAUGUGCGUUCGUGCAUGCGCACACGUAUGUGUGCGUGUGCGUGUGUGUGUACGCGCGCGCGCGUGUGCGUGGUGUCGCUGUAAGUACUAGAUUAUUUUUCUUCUUGCUUUAUAUAUUGUUAGAGUAUAAUUAUGUUGCACAAAGUCAAAUUAUUUUAAGAUGCUCCUCAUUACUUAAUCGUUGUACCAGGUUCACAUGUAUAGUGGGCAGACUAAUUCUUAUAUAUGGUAAUAAUUUCCUGUAUAAAAAUGUCAUUUUCUUUUCUUGUCUGAGAGUGGGACUAGGCGGGUACGUGAUAACAUUGUGUUAUAUUAUAUUAGGUGGCUUAUCAUUAUCUGUUAGUGUGGAGAUUUCGGGGGUGUGUAACUCACAG